AUGCAGUACAAGAAUCCUGAAUUCUUUGCCUUGAUGGAUUUAGAUGAUGAUGGGAGGUUAAAGAAUGUAUUUUGGGCAGAUCCAUGCAGUAGGGCAACUUAUCAAGAUUUUGGUGAUGUGGUGACAUUUGACACCACGUACUUGACAAACAGAUACGGGAUACCCUUUGCUCCCUUUGUUGGUCCUCGCCAGCUAUUAUUACUGACCAAGACAGCAAUGAAAAAUGCAAUUGCUCUUGUAUUUCCAAAAAGCCAACAUAGAUUUUGCCUCUGGCAUAUACUGAAAAAAGUUCGCAAGAAGCUUGGCUCCCAUCGUGCCUACAAAAGUGGCCUGAAAACUCAGCUGAUGAAAUGUGUAUAUGACACUCAAACUAUUGAAAAGUUUGAGAAAUCGUGGGAAGAGUUAAUUAGCACGUACAGUUUGCAAGAGAAUGUCUGGUUGCAAAAUUUGUACGUUGAGCGCACACAUUGGGUACCGAUAUUUCUAGAGGAGUAUUUUUGGGCUAGCAUGAGUAUAACACAACGGAGUGAAAGCAUGAAUGCAUUUUUCAACAGAUAUGUUCAUGCAAAGAUAAACUUGAAGGAGUUUGUCGAUCAGUUUGACAAUGCCUUGAAAAAGAAAAUCAAGAAUGAAAUUAGUUCGGACUUCCACUCAUUUAGCGUUACAAUUCCAUGCAUAUCUAGAUCUCCAAUCGAGAAGAGAUUCCAAAAGUUGUACACAAAUACAAAAUUCAGAGAAGUUCAGCAGCAAGUUAUGGGUGUGCUCGAUAUGGAUCCAUCUCUACUUAGACAGGAUGGUGUGAAUAAGACCUACCUGGUAGAAGAUGAAAUUUAUGUUGAUGAGUUCAUGAAACAUGUUACAUAUUAUGUGGACUUUAAUGAGGAAGACUACGAUAUUAAGUGUUCAUGUGGGUUAUUUCAGAUGAAAGGGAUACUAUGUAGGCAUGUCUUGGCCAUAUUCAAAUAUAAAGGGAUAAAGUACUUGCCAGAUAGGUACAUUUUAGAUUGA